AAUAUUUCGAAAAGAACAUUGUAAUUUUUCAAACAAACUAGAGGAGGUAAGAAUAGGGAUUGACAUAAGAACAAGCAAGUCCUAAGAAAGAUAAAUGAAUAUUUAAUCUUACACAAAACGAAAUUUGGAAGAUGAACCAAAUAAUUUGUGUAGCAUUCUUGCUGCAAAUAGGCUUUGCCUUUGAUUUUAACAAGUACAAUGCAUUGGAUAAAAUAGAAAAGUACCUGGCAACUUUUAAUUGUAACCAAGGCACGGUUAGGUCUAAGGUUGAGAUCAUCGGUAAAACCUUCGAGAAGAGAAGUAUUUACAUGGUGAAGAUGUUUACUAAGCGGAAGACACGAUGUCGGAGCUGUAAGGGAAAAUCUAAAAAGGCUAUUCUAGUUGACGGUGGAAUACAUCCCAGAGAUUUUAUUUCACAUGCAUUUGUUUUGUACUUUCUUAAUUUCCUAAAAACCACUCAAGCAGGGUUUUACCUUGUCAAAAAGUUUGACUGGUACUUGAUACCCGUCUUAAAUCCAGAUGGUUAUGUAUACGCAAAGAAUUUUGAGCGUCUUUGGAGAAAAAACAGAAGCCCGUUUAAUGAAACAUGCAUAGGCACCGACCUAAAUAGAAAUUAUGGAAAGCAGUGGAAUCCAGAAAACGGUGGUUCCAGAAAUCCUUGCAAUGAGCUUUAUUCUGGUCCGUUCCCUUUCAGUGAACUAGAAAGUCAGGCAGAAAGAAAACUUAUGUUGAAAAAGGCUUUUAUUGGUUAUCUAAGUAUACAAAGUUUUGGCCAACUGUGGAUAUAUCCUUGGGGAUUUACGAAAGAUCCGGUACCUGAUAAACCCACCCUCGAUAAAUGCGCUAAAGCUGCAGCAUCAGCAGCGACAGCUCGGAAUGGAGUUGUGUAUAGUUCGAGGCAGACUUCAGAAAGAUCUACCUUAGGUGGCCUUUCAUCAGAUUAUGCAAAAGCAGCAGGAAUUAAGUUUCCGUACGAAGUUUUGUUGCGAGACAAAGGGACAUUUGGACAUCUUUUACCCGAAGAUCAAAUUAUUGCAACCUGUGAAGAAACAACAGAUGCAGUAAUUGCUUGGGCAAACUGUGUCUGUGCCGAAAUGAUGUAACUAGUGAAGACUGAAAUAUUAAAUUGUGUUUAGAUAAAAUAAGUACAGAAA